GUAUCCUUGGUAUCCUUGAAUUCGAGUAACCAGCAGUUGUUGAAAAAAGUUUUUUAUUUAUAUUAUUAUUAUUUUUCUAUUAGGAAUGUUCAUUUCAACGUUUGUUUAAUACCGUCGACGGCAGAACUCAGAGAAGCUGCGGGGACUGGGCUGGUCGCCAAGUCCUCUGGCUCCCUGGCCAUCCGAUGA